AUGCGCUUAAUAACAUUUGUGGAUUAUUAUCACAAACAAUUUGAUAUCCCAGAAGACUUUACUGAAUUUAUAGAUCACGUGAAAAAAACGAUUGACAUCACUAUUUAUGGAAAUGUGACUUUAGUCAAAGAACCUGAUAAUGAAAAAUUGGAUACCCAAGAUAUUCCAUCUACUAUAACAAGUAACAAGAAAACAACGGGAGAAAACAAGAUUGAGGUUAUUGAGUCCAAGCCCGAAGAAACUGAUAAAAAUACGGCAUCUUCUAAGAAAAAAAAGAUUGAUACCACGAUUGAUAAUAGUGUGAUUUUACCUGAAAAAAUUAGUAAAUUAUAUUUUAAUCUAUAUAUAAAAAAAAAUGUAUUGCGGUUAAGAUUAAAUACUACUUUCGGGAAGAUAGACUCAGCUGUCGUUUACCGUCUGAUCCUUAGGCGAUUGAUAUGCGAUAUGUUAUUGGUUGACAAUCCUCGGUGGUAG